AUGGUGGGACCACAGUUAAAGAGACGAGAAGCCUUCAAGGCUUAUAUAAAAACAAUCCUAAUACCGAAAAAUUUAUUAAACACCAAAAAGAAGCUGCAAAACAAAAAGAUUCUUGGGGCAGAAAUAAAAACAGGAAUUGCAGGAUUUCUGUGGCAACCUGAACCGCAGCAUGCCAAUCACCACAAUAUGGAAAACUAUCAAGAGAUUUGA